GCAAAAUGGCGACCUCCUUUUGCUGGGAAAGUAAAAUCACAGAAAAGUUCGAUGUUAAUAUAAGGCUAUCGUGCGUGACAUGUAAAUAAUAAAUAAAAUUUCAAUAAUAUAGCAUUAAAAGAAUUAUUUUAACGUUCACUACAAAACAUACAUUGAAUAUUCGAUGAGUUUUCGGUGAUACGUUUCUGACAGCGUGUCCACAAUGGCCGAUGACUCUACUUCUCUGCCAAAAAGGCGUCAAUUGCGGGAAAGAACUAGAAAGUUGUAUACAGAUGACUGGGCCAUAGGUGAUGAGGAAAUCGAGGGUCGUAGGACUUUUCAACUGGAUGAAAAAAUUGAAUGCGAAAGAUACAACCUAAAUAAUUUCAGUGGAUUAUUCCGUGAAAUGAAUGGUUCUGAAUUGACUCUAGCGUUCUUGCAGAAACAUGGACUCAGUAUACCAUUGCUCUUCAAAGACAAAUCUGGAUUGGGAUUGCGAGUUCCCAGUUCAAAUUUUACAGUUAAUGAUGUGAGAACGUGUGUUGGUUCAAAAAGAGUAUUAGAUGUAAUGGAUGUUAAUACACAAAAGAAUGAAGAUAUGACAAUGAAAGAAUGGCAAAAGUAUUAUGAAGAUCCUAACAAAGAACGGUUGUUAAAUGUAAUUUCUUUAGAGUUCAGUCAUACCAAGUUAGAAAACUAUGUACAGUCACCUUCAUUGGUAAGACAAGUUGAUUGGGUAGAUGUUGUAUGGCCAAGACAUCUUAAAGAAGCACAAGUGGAAUCUACCAAUCUUUUGGAAGACAUGAUGUAUCCAAAAGUGCAAAAGUAUUGCCUGAUGUCUGUGAAAGGUUGUUAUACAGAUUUCCAUGUUGACUUUGGUGGAACUAGUGUGUGGUACCAUAUCCUAAGAGGUGGAAAAAUAUUUUGGCUUAUCCCUCCUACUGAAAAAAAUUUGUCCCUUUAUCAAGAAUGGGUUCUAAGUGGCAAACAAUCUGACGUUUUCUUUGGAGACAUGGUAGACAGAUGUGGUAGAAUAAGUUUAACAGCUGGCAUGACUCUAUUUAUCCCAACUGGUUGGAUUCAUGCAGUGUAUACUCCUCAAGAUUCUUUAGUGUUUGGUGGAAAUUUUUUACAUAGCUUUGGUAUUGAAAAACAAUUGAAAGUUGCACAAGUAGAGGAACACACAAAGGUUCCACAAAAAUUCAGAUAUCCAUUUUUCACUGAAAUGUUAUGGUACGUCUUGGAGAGGUACGUCCACGUUCUGCUCGGCAGGAGUCAUUUAGAUAUUUCCGAAUCUCACCGUCAACAUUCAGUUCCACAACACCAUCAGCACUUACACCUGACACCGUUCGAAUUACAUGGUUUAAAAGCAAUAGUUAUGUAUUUACAUUCAUUACCUUCUACUAAAAAGAAUGUGCCUGAGCUGAUUCGCGAUCCCGUUGCCUUAAUUCACGAUGUUCGAUGUCUGGUAGAACAACAUCGACACGAUAAUCCGGACGCGGCUGUAACAGGAAAUCCUGUAUUACCACCUCCACCUCCAUUAACUAUUGCUGAAAGGGAACGUCUAAGGGUAACUAAAAAAAGUUUUGCAAAGAUACAGAGGCAUCACUCACAAGAGAAGUCUGAAAGAGCUUUCCCGCGGCGAAGGCGUACCAGGUGUAAAAAGUGUGAAGCAUGUACAAGGACUGACUGCGGGGAAUGCAUGUACUGUCAGGAUAUGGUGAAAUUCGGUGGGAGCGGUCGUGCCAAACAGACGUGCUUGAUGAGACAAUGUUUGAGGCCUAUGCUUCCGGUCACAGCAGCUUGUAAAGUUUGCCGAUUAGACGGCUGGGGACAACCACCUGCUCCGUUAAUGGGGAAACCAACGCCGACAGCUCCGUCGAGUUUGUUAGAAUGUUCGAUAUGUUUUGACAUUGUACAUCCCGCGUGCAUAGGAUUGGAUCCCCAAACAAUAACCGUUAGCGACGAUUUACCGAAUAGUUGGGAAUGUCCCGAAUGUUGUGAAAGCGGUCGAAAUUUAGAUUGUAGGCCACGUCAACCUAAGGCUCGUGCUCGAAAACUUUCUGUAUCUAGUGCAGCUUCAUCCGCACCCACUACAGAUUCUGAAAGGGCUACCACACCAAGUAAACGUUCAAGAUCCGAUCCCAGCGAUGCAUGGAAUGACAGAGAACCGGCUGAGGGUGAACAGCGAACAGCUUUGCGUACACAAUUAGCUGUACAAUUAACUGGUUCAAGUAGUAAGUCAUUGAAGAGGCCCCACGUGGUGGUUAGGCCUGUUCCACUUCCGCCUGUUCAAAGACCAGGGCCUGAUUUUAAUGGACAAUCUUUAGCAUAUGACAAAACAGCAUUACUUGCUAUUUUUAGAUUUUUAAAUGCAAAGGACCUGGCGAAUUGUGCCUUGGUUUGCCGUACAUGGGCCAGAUAUAGUAUAGAUCCUAGCUUGUGGAGAAAAUUGGACAUGUCUCAUUCUCAUCUGACAGCUUUGCAUUUAACUGGUAUUAUACGCCGCCAACCGGAAAAUCUGUCUCUUGACUGGACAAAUGUAACUAAAAGACAAUUAGCCUGGCUGUUAAGUAGAUUGCCGCAGCUUAGAACAUUAUCUGUACAAGGUUGUUCGUGGGCUGGAGUCUGUGCUUUGAGAACUUGCACUUGUCCGCCGCUUACCACUUUAGACCUCAGUCACGUAUCAGGACUGAACGAUUCGAGUUUAAGGGAGGUCCUUAGUCCACCUACGGAUUCGAGACCCGGUCUAAUUGAUAAAACUUCAAGAUUGAAGCAUCUUAAAAAUUUAUCUUUGGCUGGAUGUGAUAUAACUGACGUAGCUUUAAGAUAUAUAGUUCAACAUUUACCUUAUCUGGAGACGUUGGAUCUCUCUUCUUGCGGUAGAGUUACUGACGCCGGUGUAGCGCAAUUGGCGACUCCACCGGCGCAAGCAGUAACCAACCUAGCAUCACUGAAUCUGGCAAACUGUAGAUUACUUACAGAAACGACGUUAGAUCAUUUGGCAAGAUGCAAAGUGCUUAAACGUUUGGAUCUCAGACACACGACUCAAGUUUCGACUCAGUCUGUAAUUAAGUUUGCUGCGAAAAGUAUUCAUAAUUUACAUGUGACGGACGUUAAACUAGUAGAAGAAAAAAAAUUUAAAGUCGAGGUUAAAGUUACGUGAAAAAAAAUGUAUCUGGUUAUGAGGAUUUUCGGCAAGUGCAAUUUGGUUACUUUGUAAAACCAAGAACAAUUAUGCCGAAUAUCAGUCAACAAUUAUUUAUUGUCAUGAAAAUCCAUCAGCACUGUAUCGCAUCUUCAUAAUAUAAAAAAGUGGACCUGACUAGUAUAGGAUUUCUAUUCGAUAACCUUCAGUUUUAUCGAUGUCACUACGCGAUAUGAGCAACAAAAUACUUCAAUUCGAAUUAACCAAGGAUUACUUUAUUUUUUGCUUAUUUUAACGUAGAUUGCUGUCUUCCUUUAUGUCUGGAAAACACCGUACACGUUUCAAAAAUAUUUUAAGAUAUUAAAUCUUAACGAGUACAGGAUAUUAAAUAAGUAAUGCGAAUUCCAGGAAUGUUAUAUCACGAAUCACAACUUUAAAGCUGCGCUAGUUGCGAUUUUUCGCAUUCCUAAUUAUAAAAUUACGAGCAAAUUUUCAGAGUUAUGUUCAGUUUCGCAUCGUAUAACGAAACAAACCAUUACUCGUUUAAUAUUCAGUAUUGUAUUAGAAAAGUGAUGGACAGAUAAAGUGCUCGCCAGACAGCUCACCGGUGUGCACUGUGCACGCAGUGAUAAAGCGAAAUUUGGGAAUUUGCGAAUUUGAGGAUUUGAAAAUUUGAGAAUUUGAAAGUUUAGAAAUGUAGGAACUUACGAAUUUAAAAAUUUAAUGAUAUACAAGUUUCAAAUUUUCAAAUAACUGACUACCCACUCAAUGCACGUUACUUGCAUACCUGUGCUGUGUCCUCGCGAGCGCAAUCGGCCGUCACCAUGUUAACGGAUAUCAAAUGCAUCAAUAUAGAAGUUUUUACUGUCGUAUCGAAAGACGAGCGUACAGUAUUUGUUUUGCAAUUCUAUACGGAUGUAGGAAUACGAAUGCGGGUAAAAAGAGAUAAAUGUUGACGUCUGUAGUCUUACGAGGAACUCAGCGAAGUAGCAUAUCGACGCUACCGAUCGCCUAUAUAUAUUAAUAAAAAAAGAAGAAAGAGGUAUAUUUAUUUGUAUGUGUGAUUGGAUAAGUUUCCAACUGACUUCGUUAAGUCGCAAAAAUGAAGGAACCUGUUGACCACGUAAACUCAUUACUCUAAUUAUAAAGACGGAAGCGCGCAAUGAAACAUAUUCGACUAUACCAUUUCAUAAUAUUAGAUAGGUACGUUAACAUUACGCUGAAAACGUGUACAUUAUAUUAAUGUUUUAAUUAUUGACCUAAGCUACGUUCAACGCAAAGUGUUCUUUUUUUUUAUAUAAACGAAUGUACAUACGAUCUUUUUUUUAUUUUUUUCUCCUAUAAAACGAACUUUUUAGUUUCAUCUCAUUAACAUGCACAUUACGUGCGUAAUUCGUGAGCGAUAAUAAUACUGAGCAAUAAGAAAUUAAGUACUUGCACUUUAAAGCUUUACCGUUAGCUCAUAAAUUCGUUGUACAGUUAAAGUAUCACGUAUUGUUUGUAUUAUAUCUGUGAAAAUACUUUGUUUAGAUGGACACGAGUUAUCACACUGAAAGUUCAACGUAUUGUUUCAAUUUAGCUCGCAGUGCAAUGGUUUUCAUUAUACUCGAUAUCGAUAUUGUUCGUCAUGCAUUCAUUUUUAUAAUUCAAGCAUGUAUUAGAAGCACUAAGCUGCGGAUGUUCUAAUUCUAAACUAUGACACUACUGUAUAAAGUAUGUAACCCACAGAGAACAAUAGUGAUAUUCUGAUUUUCAAAUAUAAUUUUAAAUUUUAA